AUGGUGAGCAAAGAGGACAGCAAAUGCAUGCUUGCGUCAGACUCCGAUGACUCCGAUUCCGACGCGGGCCUCGACGCUCAGCAGGUGAAGAAGAAAAACAAGGCCCUGCAGGUUCGAUUUAAGGAUAUCUGCGAAGCGCAGAAUGACUUUCGUGGUAAACACACCAGAUCCAUUUCCUGUAAAGUGACACACCGACAAUACAUGACCAUGCCGGCCAGACGAUCCAUCCCCAACGUGACCAGGAGCACCGGCGUGCAGACAUCGCCGGACUUAACCAAACGCUACAAAACGUUUCCCUUCGAGAGGAAAAAGGGACAUACGUUUAAACACGCGGCUUUAGUGGAAGAUUACCGGGGACAAAACAACGGCUUCCUGAGCGAUAUAAAAGCCGUUGGAGAGGACGGGCAACCCAUCGGGGUGUCUUCAAAGUGCCAGGAGAAGAUGGUGGGUCAGACCAAAGCUUUGCUCCAUCACACCGACGACAGCAGCGAGACGGAGGAUUUGAUUUGCGACGCCAACUGUGUGGACGGACCCUCGUGUACAGACUCGCAUUUCUCGCAAGAGUCCCGCCUGAGCAACCCCAAAAGUGAACCGGAUCAUCAGGAUUGCGGGGCGAGGACCAAACACAAAGGAUUACCCCGAGAAGAAACGGACGCCAAGCGUCAGCUGGCUACCUCUGAAUUUGUAAUGGGCCGGGGCCCGGUGGCUUGGAAUUCUUUGACCCAAGUGGAGUCUUUAGGAAGCCCCUCCAAGGCUUGUAAAAGAAAGAAGGGGCCGCAGUUAAGCGAGCAGCAGUCGCAGACGCUGCCUCACAGCGCCAAAUGUUCGGCGCAGUCGCAAGGACCGUGUCGGGCGAGGCACGCGUCGGCGUCUUCCAAGCUGCAGCGGACGCCGGGGACGGGCGAGGGCUUCCCACCGGGAAAUACCGGAGGCGUGGGCGGCGGCCGGCUGAUCAUCCCCUUAUCUGACGACAAGGAUAUCAAAGCACAGCUGCAGGCCAUGGAGACUCUCAUCAACUCCAGCCAGGAGACCAUCAAGGUCCUGCUUGGCGUUAUUCAAGAGUUGGAGAAAGGUGAAGCACAGCGGGAGGGGCUCACCUACCGAACAGGACAAGACACGGCGAACUGUGACACUUGUCGAAACAGCGCAUGCAUCAUUUACAGUGUGGAAUUGGACUUCAAGCUGCAGGAGGACAAGCUGCAGCCGCUGAUGAAGAGACUUUGCCCCCAGGGCAGCCAACUAUGUCCCGCCCUGCCUUACUCCAACGAAGUCUUCACAUCCACUCCCAAACGCAAAUCCAAGUCGGACUCUAAGAAGCACGCCCGCUGGAAACUGUGGUUCCUUUGAGUGGAACAUGAAUGCUUUGGGAAGAGCCUUUUAUUGGGCGCACUAAUACCCCAUGC